AUGGUAUUGCAGACAUGAUUACAGACUAUGGUCCCCAAUAUUCAAACGAUCAGUUGGCCGCUUUCACACGAGAAUGGGAAUUUCAGCACACUACCAGUUCGCCACUCCACAGUCAGAGCAAUGGCAAAGCAGAGUCAGCCGUUAAGAUCGCCAAAAAUCUGGUUAAGAAAGCUAACCGAGAAAACAAAGAUCUUCAAAUGGCCCCGUUGGAAUGGCGAAACACACCCGACAUUAACAAUUUAAGUCCGACUCAAAAGCUCAUCUCAAGAGGAACUCGGACCACCAUCUCAACCGCUGACGCGUUACUAAAACCUGAAGCUGUCGAAGGUGUACAUGACAACAUUAAACGUAAGAGGGUGUAG